UUUUGGGACCAAAGCAUUAAAGUGCGAGGGAAGUCGGUUGUUCGUUCUAGCAGCGUCGUAUUGGUUGGCCAAUUGGCUGCUCGAAUUCCAUUCCUCAGCCCCACAGGCGGACGGACGAACAAACGAACGGGAACUCAUACCUGUUUUUCAGUCUCCGUCAAAAACCCAUUUCUUCUCGCUUCAAUUUUUGGACGGUCUCUUAUCCACAACCCACUAUGGCGGCUUCCGCUAAUUUUUUUUGCUACUCGACGUCCCUUUCGGGCUCUCAACAUAUCAGCAGUCUCCAGCAUGGGAAUAUGCAAUGUGUGCUUGGGGUAGACUCCAUCCGAAAGCGUAUUGUGAAAAUAGGAUUGAAAAUAAAGGCUAGUGCAACAAUCAAUGCAGCACUGCUUUCUGGAGAUGGCGAUGUCCUUCCUCGUUCUGAUGAUUCUAAUUUUGCUAGUAAUUCUAUAAUCAGAGAUGGGUCUGGUGGCGUUGAGUUACAGUCUGACUCUGUAGUAUUAGGGACUCUUACAGCUGACAUGGCUCCUACAACUAGCGGGUUCCCUUCUGAUAACGAUGAGUAUGAUUUGGACAUGCCAUCGGAAGGCUUCUCAUCUAUUCCGGAGGCCAUUGAAGACAUUCGCAAAGGAAAGAUGGUUGUGGUCGUAGAUGAUGAGGAUCGAGAGAAUGAAGGAGAUCUUAUAAUGGCUGCAUCAAAGGUUACAGCAGAGGCUAUGGCUUUCUUUGUGAAGCAUGGAACUGGAAUAGUUUGCGUGAGCAUGAAAGAAGAAGAUCUGGAGAGGUUGCAGCUUCCUUUAAUGGUUAACCAUAGGGAAAAUGAGGAGAAGCUUCGUACUGCAUUCACUGUAUCAGUGGAUGCAAAACAUGGAACAACAACGGGCGUUUCAGCACAUGACAGGGCAACUACCAUAUUGGCUCUUGCAUCCAAAGAUUCAAGGCCUGAAGAUUUCAAUCGCCCGGGGCAUAUAUUUCCAUUGAAGUACAGGGAAGGUGGAGUUCUUAAAAGAGCCGGGCACACAGAAGCUGCUGUUGAUCUUUCCAUGUUAGCUGGAUUGGAACCUGCUGGAGUUUUAUGUGAAAUUGUCGAUGAUGAUGGUUCUAUGGCUCGAUUGCCUAGGCUUCGGGAAUUCAUACGAAAAGAGAAGUUGAAAAUUAUAUCCAUUGCUGAUCUAAUCAGAUAUCGGAGGAAGAGGGAUAGAUUAGUGGAGCAUACAUCUGCUGCUCGUAUACCAACAAUGUGGGGACCAUUCACUGCAUUCUGUUAUAGGUCGAUUUUGGAUGGGAUCGAACAUAUUGCAAUGGUUAAGGGCGAAAUUGGCGAUGGACAAGACAUACUUGUCAGAGUGCACUCGGAAUGCCUAACUGGAGACAUAUUUGGAUCAGCCAGAUGCGACUGUGGAAACCAGUUGGCACUUGCGAUGCAGCAAAUCGAGGCAGCUGGAAGCGGCGUUUUAAUCUACCUCCGUGGUCAUGAGGGAAGAGGUAUUGGCUUAGGACACAAACUCCGCGCAUAUAAUUUGCAAGAUGCCGGCCGUGACACUGUGGAGGCAAACGAGGAAUUGGGUUUGCCCGUUGAUUCAAGAGAGUAUGGAAUCGGCGCACAGAUUCUUAGAGAUCUUGGAGUCAGGACUAUGAAACUGAUGACGAACAAUCCUGCCAAGUACAUAGGGCUCAAGGGCUACGGCUUGACAGUUGCUUCCCGGGUUCCUCUCGUGACCCCAAUCACAAAAGAUAACAAAAGAUAUCUUGAGACGAAACGAGCCAAGAUGGGGCAUGUUUAUGGCUUAGAUGCCAAUGGCCAUCCAGCCAUCAUCAAAAGCAAGAACGUCGUCGAACCAAGCGGGGAGAGCCCCGUUACGCCCGACUCCUGAAUGGUUGCUUGCUGAGGGCUGUCGAGAUCGAAUAGUAUUAUUAUAAUUAUAAUAUGACAUAGUUUCUUUUACUUAGUAUUAUUCUUGUGUUUUAGGUGAUUCGUUGUGCUGGGAGUUGCUCGAGCAAAGUGUUUUUUUGUUUUUUUAUUUUUAUCACGUGAAACUCACAGUCGCUACUCAACUCGAAAAUAUUUCAAUAAAUGUACUGCACAUUGCACUCAGAAAUUGAUGUCCCAUUGUUCUAUAGAUUUGUUUGAUAUAUG